AUGGUGGUUGAUGGCAAACCUGUGACCAUUUUCGUGAAAAUCACGAAAAACCCAGUGACGGACCAGAGACGCAGACCUCCAUCUGUGACACAGUCUCUGGAUGAAGCACUGGGUUAUGAAUCUGAUGACGCUAUUGUCCAGAUGAAGCACCCAAAUACAAACUUUGUGAUAUAUCAGUCAAUGACUUUAAUUGAUUUGCCUAACCAGCCUCCAGAGAAAAAGAAGCACGUCUUCAAAAGCAUGGGACUGUCCACAUUGUCUGAGGAGAGAUUAAAUGAGGAUCACAAAACACCCACGGAUAUCGACAGGAACGACACAAAUGCAGCUUCACCUCCUCUCAGAGGCUCUGCUGACAGCUCUGGGUCCUCGAAGAUGAAUGAUAACGAAGAUACCUGUGCCAUAUGCAUGGAUACUAUUAGCAACAAGCGUGUGCUCCCUAAGUGCAAGCAUGAAUUCUGUUCCUCUUGUAUCACCAAGGCCUUGUCAUUAAAGCCUGUCUGUCCUUUGUGUCAGACGUCCUACGAUAUCCAGAAAGGGAACCAGCCAGAUGGAACCAUGACUUUCACCACUUUAAGACAGUCACUUCCGGGUUAUGAAGACUGUAGCACAAUUGAGAUUUACUACAUUAUAGAAAGUGGCAUCCAAACAGAUGAGCACCCUAACCCAGGAAAGCCCUACCGUGGAACACGACGAACUGCAUACUUGCCUGAUAAUCAGGAGGGAAGAUACGUCUUGGAUCUACUCAGAGAAGCCUUUAACAAAAGGCUGAUUUUCACAAUACAAGACUCUCGAGUACCAGGAGUGUCUGAUGUUGUUACUUGGAAUGGCAUCAGUCAUAAAACAUCCACGUUUGGAGGACCAGGAAAUUCUGGCUACCCCGAUCCUCAGUAUCUGAUGCGUGUCAAGGAGGAGCUGAAAGCAAAAGGAAUUGAAUUAGGAAAGCACUGGGAAGACAUCUGUCCACUUUCAAGAGAAAUUUGUUUGGAGGCCACACAAUAGGACAGGCCUCAAUCUUUGUGUAGAAUAAACUUUGUAACAGUUUUCAUGUUAAGCAGAUGUAGUUUCUUAUAAAAGCAGAAGUCUAAUUGCCGGUCAUUUCUAGAGUGUUUCUCGUUCUUGGUAGGCAAAAUAUGAAGGGCACGUGCUGGGAGAUCAUAACGUGAGAACACAUGAGCUCAGACCCACAGCAUCCAUGUAAGAGUUGGUGUGAUGGCAUACACUUGUAAACUUAGCCCUGGGGAGUGGAGAUGGAAGGAUUUCUGGAGCUCACUGGCUAGUUAGUCUAGCCCAAACCCAAACCAUGGGCUCCAGGUUCACUGAGAGACCUUGUCUCAAGAAAUCGGGUGCAUCUGGGCAAUGUGGCGCAUGACUUUAAUG